AUGUAUAUAUUUAUCUUUGUAUCUUACGAAGUUCCUUUACAAAUGGAAACUUUCCUAUUGCAAACUGUUUUUAUUAUUAACACUUUGAUUGGUUUUUGGAUACUAUUUAAAAGGUGUUGUAGGUUAUCUAAACAUAAAUCAGUAAUGGAAAGUGAUGGUGUUAUUGCUUUAGUCUUAUUCAUUCUUGGAUUUGGUUUCCCACUUUUGUGGUGUAUUUGCUUCUGUGUUUAUUCUUCUAGUGAUGAUGAUAUGGCUCGGGUGUUUGCAAAAGUUGGUUUAGUAUUGUUUAUUGUUACAACAAUAUUAUCUGUUUUAAGUGUUGUACUUGCUGUAAUAAUAAUUAUUAUUGUUUAUGUUGUUAUAAUUGUUGGUGCAGUAAAUGAUGAUGAUUAUUAA